GAAUGAUACAAGCAGUUGAUGAUUGUUUAGCAAAUUUUUUAAAUCUAUUAAUUUUUGUGGGAGGAGGAGGUUGUUCUUCUUGUUGUAGUGAGGUUGUUUGUUGUUGUUCUAUUUGUUGGUUUUCUUCUUCCUCUUUUUUAAUUUUUUUUUCAUCAUUUAUUUCUUUAAUAAUUUUAUUUUCUUCCUUUUGUUCUUCCCCCUCCUCUUCUUUUUGA